AUGUGCGGCGGACGACAACUUGAGGACGCCGAGGCUCCCGCGGUGAGGCGGAAGGUGAUGGCGACAACGCUGUGGACCGAGAAGAAGAAGCCCCGACGGAGCGACGGUGUGGGGCGGCACUUCACAGGGCUCGGUGGGUGCGGGCGACUCAGGCUGGACGACAACGAGGAGGACUUUGACGCCGAGUUCAAGGAGUUCGAGGCCAACUCCAGGGACUCCGACAUGGAGCUCGGGCCCGGUGGGGUCGUUGAGAAGGAUGACGAGGAGGAGGUCACCGAGAUCAAGCCCUUUGCCGCCAUCAAAAGGUCCCUCUCCCAUGAUGACUUAAGCAUCAUGAGUACGAAUGUUUUUGAUGGUCCUUCAGAAAGGCCAGCAAAAAGGAAGAGAAAGAACCAAUUCAAGGGUAUCCGCCAACGCCCCUCGGGUAAGUGGGCUGCUGAAAUCAGAGAUCCUAGCAAGGGUGUCCGUGUUUGGCUUGGUACUUUCAACAGUGCUGAAGAAGCCGCAAGAGCUUAUGAUGUUGAAGCACUCAGGAUCCAUGGCAAGAAGGCCAAGGUUAACUUUCCAGAGGAACCGGCAGUUCAGGAACCUAAAGCACCCAAGCCAAACGCAGCACAGGAACCUACCGUCACACCAGCAGUCAACAACCCUGCCAACACAAAUGCUUUCGUGUACCCAUCUACUGACUUUGCAUCAAGCCAACCACUUAUUCAGCUUGAUAACGUGCCAUUUGUUCCUACGAUGAAGUAUGUUGCCCCUGUUGAAGCUCUUGCUAUGAAUAUGUACUCUGGCCAGGGAAGCAACAUUUUUGGCUGGUCUGACUUGGGCUGGGAGUAUGACAUCAAGACUCCAUAUAUAUCAUCCAUGGCUCCCAUUUCCACUAUUGCUGAAGGAGCAGAAUCUACACUUGUCCAGAGUAACACCUACAACUCAGUGGUGAUUGUUGAAGGAGCUGAAUUUGCGCUUGUUGAGAGUAACACCUACAACUCAAUGGUGCCUCUUGUUAUGGAGAACGAUGUCGUCGACAACAUGGACCUUUGGAACUUUGAUGACAUGCCCAUCUGUGACGAAUUUUUCUGAGGAAUUCAAAUCCCCUGUGUAUCGGGACAAAGGAUAAGACUAUGGGAGAUUGGGAAGCACCCUAUUGUCACCUUCAGCCAGCAUAUGCUUAUGUCCAAGUUUAGAUGCAAAAAAGUCGCAUCCUGACUCUCUUUUGGAAUCGACCCUUUCCCUAAUUGAUUGUCUGUGUGGUAGCAAAUUUAUGAUGAACCGGUGUCUUUAUCAAUUGUCAACUUUGAUGUCGUUG